AUGGCUGGCCUGACACCACACGGGAGGCGGCACAAGGUGACCGUGAUAGGCUCUGGAAAUUGGGGCUCGGUAAUUUCCAAAAUGGUCGCUGAAAAUGCGGCAGCCAACCCAGACCUUUUCGAGCCAACAGUGCAGAUGUGGGUAUACGAGGAGAAUGUCGAAGUGCCCCAAUCUUCAAAACACUACAACAGGGAAUUGCCUAUCUGUACGGGAUCCCAGAACCUGACUGAGAUCAUCAACCAACUCCACGAGAACGUCAAAUACCUGCCCAACAUCACCCUGCCAGAAAAUCUCCGCGCAAACCCUUCCCUGGAAGACGCUGUCAAGAAUUCCACCAUUCUCGUCUUCAACCUACCCCACCAGUUUAUCAAUAACAUCUGCGACAGGCUCAAGGGCCACAUCGUCCCCUAUGCUCGCGGCAUAUCAUGCAUCAAGGGCGUCAACGUCACCGCCGACGAUGGCGUAAGCCUCUUCUCCGAAACCAUCGGCCGCAAACUAGGUAUCUACUGCGGCGCCCUCUCAGGAGCCAACAUCGCCAGCGAAAUCGCCAAGGAGCUCUACUCUGAAACUACAAUAGCCUACGACCCGCCCCAUAUGGACUCCAAAGCCCCCACGCCCAGAGGCCUCUCCCCCGCUCCCUCCAUCGCGAACAUCAAUAUUCCCCGCCCGCAGGACGUCGUCGUGCACUUUGAACACAAGGACUCCUCCGGCAAGUUCUCCAAAGUCAAACUCCAGGCGUUGCCGCCCGAAUACCCGCCAAUCGACCACAAGCUUAUCAAAAGUCUCUUCCACCGCCCGUACUUCCAUGUGCGUGUCGUCAGCGAUGUCGCGGGUGUGUCUCUGGGUGGUGCACUUAAGAACAUCGUUGCGCUAGCUGCAGGCUUCGUCGAUGGGAAGGGGUGGGGCGAUAAUGCAAAAGCAGCCGUGAUGCGCGUUGGGCUGCUGGAGAUGGUCAAGUUUGGCACGAUGUUCUUUGGUGCGUCGGUGAACUCGCAGACAUUCACGGAAGAGAGCUGCGGGGUUGCGGAUCUGAUCACGAGCUGUAAUGGGGGAAGGAAUCAUCGCUGUGCAAAGCUGAGUAUCGAGAGGGGGCUGAGUGUUGACGAAGUGGAGAAGCAGGAGCUCAACGGGCAAAUGCUGCAGGGGACGUUGACAGCGAAGGAGGUUAAUAUAUUUUUGAAGAAUAAGGGGUUGGAAGGGGAGUUCCCGCUUUUCACCGCGGUUUAUAGGAUUCUGACAGGAGAGGUGCAAGUGGAAGAUUUACCCAGCCUGAUUGAACGCUAG